CUCAGGCUGGCCUAUCUUCAUACUGAGCCUAAUCAUCUUCUCCACCAAAACAUAGAAUCAAGCAAUGUUUUGCUCGAUCGUCAAUGGAAUCCUAGGAUAUUUAAUGUUGGGAUACACAAACUCACCGGUCCUGGUUUUAAACCUUAUUUACAAUCUCUUGGCUACACAGCCCCAGAAUAUUCUUACACGCGUGUUUUUAAUGAGAAGACCGAUGUUUAUAGCUUUGGAAUGCUCAUGAUUGAAAUCAUUUCUGGGAAGUAUCCCAAUGACUUCAGCUGGGAAAUUGAACCAGAGGGGAAAUUGAUCGAUUGGUUCAAGUCGAUGGUAGAGAGGCAGGAAUUUGAUCACCUCCUAGAUCCUAAAAUUCGUAAAGUGCCUCCUUUGAUGGAGCUAAAGAAGACCAUUCUUAUUGCUCUUAGAUGUGCAGAUGCUGAUGUCGAAAAAAGGCCAACUAUGGAAGAUGUAUUUCGCAUGUUCCAGCCUCGUGGUAGAUUGAUUAUUAAUGUAAGAACUUAUUUAUUUUUGUAA